AUGACACACAAUACUAAAACAAAUUCAUCCUCUCUGUAUUUCAUCAAAUUGAGGUUCCCUUCUGAUUUACCGUUGUUGCCAUUUUGCUCGGAGGAGGAAACAACUUACAUAAUGACAAUGGGUGAAAACAACAGCCAUAACCAAGUGUUUGACUUAUCCCUCAAUGCGCCUCCUCAGGGUGGUUCCAAAUGUUUUGAUGAUGAUGGCCAUCUCAAAAGAACAGGAACUGUGUGGACUGCAAGUGCUCAUAUAAUAACAGCAGUGAUUGGUUCUGGUGUUUUGUCCUUGGCUUGGGCCACUGCUCAACUGGGAUGGAUAGCUGGUCCAACUGUGAUGUUCUUGUUCUCAAUUGUCACCUACUACACAUCUGCUCUUCUAGCAUCAUGUUACCGGUUGGGCGAUCCUGAUACCGGAAAUAGAAACUAUACUUACAUGGACGCUGUCAGAGCCAACCUAGGUGGAUUUCAGGUGAAAAUUUGUGGAGCAAUUCAGUACUUGAAUCUUUUUGGAGUUGCCAUUGGUUAUACAAUUGCUUCCUCUAUAAGCAUGAUGGCAAUCAAGAAAUCCAAUUGCUUCCAUUCAAAAGGAGAUAAUAGCCUUGGAAUUGCCAAAGUUGCAGAAACUGGGAAAAUUAGGGGAAGUCUCACUGGAAUUAGCAUUGGCUAUGUCACUCAAAUGGAAAAAAUAUGGAGAAGCUUCCAAGCUCUUGGCGCCAUAGCUUUUGCCUAUUCUUACUCCCUCAUCCUUAUUGAAAUACAGGAUACAAUCAAAUCCCCACCGUCAGAAUACAAGACAAUGAAGAAAGCAACUCUACUAAGUGUGUAUCCUGAGGAUAUUUAUUCGGCUUGUAUGUAG